AUGUAUAUUGGACUUUAUGACGGGGAUAAGAUUACACUUUUUGUUCUAAAUAAAUGUUGUAAAUUUAUAAGUAAUCCAACUUCUGUAUUUGUAACUUGUAUUAUAAUUUUGGUUACCUUUAUUGACUUUAUUAUGUGUAUAAAGAGAAAGAGAGGAUUGCACCAAGUUUGUUGCAAUUCCUCAAUAUCUAGAACUUGUAAUUGUGACUUUAAACAAUUCUUGUCAAGAUCAUGUGGAAGCAGUGAUAUUUUAGAUUUAAUUCCAAAUUAUGAAUACUUUUCGGAGUCUUUUGGUUGCUGCUGGAGAUAUGAUUCCAAGAAAAGAGUUCAUGGUAGGAUGUAUAUCUCCGAAGAUCAAAUUGUCUUCUAUUCUCCCUUAAGUAUAUUUCCUGAUCAUGAUGAAUUACCUGAAUAUUUCUCUAAUUAUAGUGGGAUCUUUCUCCAAAGAGUAACUUUAAUAAUUAUAGAAUACUCAAGAAUUGCAAAACUUGUUCGGAGAGGAGGUAGCAAGGUUCUAAGAGGCAGCGUAACUAUUGUAACUCAUGGAAAAACUGAAGCUUCUGUUGAUCUGAUGUUUUGUAAUUUUUUGCAUACAAAGUAUGUAUAUGAUGUAUUAUCAAGAUUAUGUACAUUAAAUUGUAAACGUAUAUAUGAUUCACUAAGUAAUAAAACUAAAUUGGAUAACGAAAUUAGCCGUAAGAUUUUGUCUCCAGAUAAUCCUGAUACAGAUAUACCCUAUAUUGAAACCCCAGAUUCCGUUGCAGUAUUUCCUCCGUAUGCUUAUAUCUCUAAUCUAUUAAAUAAAAAUGGCAAAGUAAGUAUUAUAGAUAUUGUUUCCCAAGAAUACAUGUGUAAAAGUGGCAUUAACUUUGAUUAUAAUAUAGACUGCUCUAUAUAUAAUGAUUACCUUCCAUUAUUUCCUCUUACUACUGUUUUUCCUUGUACGUUUAUUCAGCUUAGUAUAUCAGAUAUUAUAAAAUUAUUGAAUGGAAAACCAAUUGAACUAAAUAUAUAUCAUCAAUAUUUAAAACUUCAGGGAGUGACAAGUAUAGAAUACGAAGAUAUUCUUCCGACUUCACUGUCAUCUUUUGUUCAUCAUAGAAUUUAUAAAUAUAAAAAGUCACUGAAUAUAUGUGGUAGAUUGGGAUGGCUUACUAAUAAUACUAUUGAACUUCUUAUUACUGAAGAUCAUAAGCUGUAUAAUUUUGGUGACGAACUGGGUUUAAUCUUGUGUAUUGAAAUUACUUCAAGUGGUAUACCAGAAAAUGAUGCUUUUAAAAUCAUUAUUAGACACCGAUUUACACCAGUUAGGACUAUGCAUGAGAAUAUAACUGAACCUAAUGCAGAUUCACAAAUUAAAUCUACACAGCUUGAUAUUGAAUGUGACAUUAUUUUUAGUAGAUUUUCGUUAUUUAAGUACCCAAUUAUACGAAAUACUAUUGAACAAACUAAAUCCAAUCUUGAGCUUAUUAGAAAUUUAUGGAAAGUAUCAUCUACAUCCACCUUAUAA